GACAUAAUUGACAAUUGUGUCAUUCAAAAGAUCGCUACGCCAGUGCUUUCGUAAAAGUGGUUUUGUUGCAUAAUAAAUUUUUAAGAAAAAAUAUCAAAAUUGCAAAAUGCUGAAACCCGCCAAUAUUCCUGGCUACUUUAAAGCUGUCAGUCAAGUAGUAAGUAACCAAUUAAAUACAGGAAACCAAAUUGCAGUUCUCCCAAAGAAAACCUCAGUUUAUAUACCUUGGUCUAGCAGUUCUCCCUUGGCCCUUAGCAAAGCUUUACCCAAUGGAAACGUUACAAUUUCAGUUGGACCAGCUGUUAGCACUCAAAUUAGAUGGGCUCACACAGAUAUUACUGUUCCAGAUUUCAGUAACUACCGUAGGGAUAGUACCAAAGAUCCUUAUAAAAAAUCUAAAGAAUCUGAGGAUUCUAGAAAGAAUUUCACAUAUUUAAUGGCUGGAGCAUUCAGUGUUGGUGGUGCUUAUGGUGCCAAGUCCGUAGUUACUCAUUUUAUUAGUUCUAUGAGUGCAUCAGCUGAUGUAUUAGCUUUGGCCAAAAUUGAAAUUAAGUUAGCUGAUAUUCCGGAAGGGAAAUCUGUUACCUUUAAAUGGAGAGGUAAACCACUUUUCAUUCGUCACAGAUCACCAUCUGAAAUCGAAUCAGAACAAUCAGUAGCUGUAAACACUCUUCGCGAUCCUCAACAUGACAACGAACGUGUCCAAAAUCCCUCUUUCCUAGUAGUUAUUGGCGUAUGUACCCAUUUAGGUUGUGUACCAAUUGCUAAUGCUGGAGAUUUUGGAGGAUAUUAUUGCCCAUGUCAUGGUUCUCACUAUGAUGCUUCAGGCCGUAUCCGUAAAGGCCCUGCUCCUUUGAAUUUGGAAGUGCCCCCCUACACCUUCCCAUCAGAUGAGUUAUUAAUCGUUGGUUAGAAAUUGAAAUAUUGGAUAUAAAAAGGGUAUACUCGUUACGCAAUUUUUAUGUACUUGGUUGUACCAAGUUUGUAGAAAGUUGUGUUGAGGAUGCCUUUUUCUAAAUCCAACGUAAAUGAAAUUAUUUAUUUUUACUUGAAAAAUUAUUCCAGACAUAUUGUUUCUUGUUAUGUACAUAUUUCUUUAAGUAUUCUAACCAACUGUACCUUUCGACUUUAAAAUAAAACAAUUUAGGGUGAA